AUGUCAAAUUCUCGAGGCGAUGGUUUACGUAGGGCUAUUCGAGGCCCAGAGCUAGAUCCUUCGUCUGAUGAGUCACAAUAUCCUGUGCCAGAGCAUGUACCAAUAGAGGCACCUAGUCAGGAUUUCUUCCGGCAGUUUAUGGCUGCGAUGAUGCCUCAACAAAGGAGUUUUAUUGAUGCUGUGAUGCGGCAUAACCCGCCAACAUAUUCUGGUUCUGUAGAGCCUGGAGUUCUUGAGUUCUGGGUUGAAAAGAUGGAAAAGAUAUUUCGUGUUGUUCAGGUUCCACCAGAUCAACGAGUCAAUAUCGGGGCUUAUUUCUUGGAAGGUCGAGCUAAUCGGUGGUGGUUAGGUGAGGAAGCUGCGGGAGUGGACCAAGUGGAUAUGACUUGGGAUGAGUUUAAAGCAAAAUUAAAAGCUAGGUUUAUACCAUCACAUGUUCGAAAAGCAAAGAAGCAAGAGUUGCUGGACUUGAAGCAGGGUUCGAUGUCAGUCGAGGACUAUUUUGUAAAAUUCAAGGAGCUGGAGAUGUAUGUUCCUGACUACUUUUCCUGUGAGCGAGAUAGAGUUGAUCAUUUUGUAGAUGGGUUGCAGCAGAGGAUUCAAGAAGCUUUAGCUGUGUUGGCUAUCAGUUCGUUGUAUGAGGCUUACGAGCAUGCUGCUCGAUUCUAUCAGAAGCAGGAAGUCAGACAGAAGAACAGUGAGAAAGAGAUGGGGUAUCAAUAUCAGUUUCGAGAUAAAGGAAAAGCUAAGGUGGAGGACGAACCAAAGGGUAAAAAUAAAUGGUGGCAAAUAUUCAGGUCUGGGCCAUCGUAUAAAGGAAUUUCGAUUAAAGAACCGAGUCAAGAGAGGUUUCAACAAUCGGGGGUUGUUUGUCGACGUUGUGGAACAAGUCAUUCAGGUACCCGUUGUGAUAAAGUUCCAUUAACAUGUUUUAAGUGUGGUGGUAGUGGUCAUAUUGCCAGGCUAUGCCUAAGUGUGGUAACUGCAAUGGAGUUUCCAGAACCGAGAUUUAGGCCAUGGCAGCCGCCAUCUUCACAGUCACAGGGGAGAGGAUUAGGACCAUCAUGGCGAGGUGGUCGAAGCCAGUCACGUCCAUCAUCUAGGCAGCUAGGCAGAGGACCUGACCAGCGUGGCAGAAUAAAUGUGGUUACCCAAACAGAGGCUGAUCAUCACCCAUGUGAGGUUUUAACGGGUAGAUUUCUUGUUUGCGGUUUGUCAGCUCUUGUGUUACUUGAUUCGGGUGCAACGUUCUCGUUCAUAUCUAAACGUUUGGUUAAACAAUUUGGUCUGAAUUCAUCGGUAGAAGUGGUAGUGGAAGUUUUACUUCCAUCAAGAGAAGUACUGGAGUGCCGAGAACUCUAUAUGCAAAUUCCGAUUAGUAUUGAGGGAGUUGAUUUUGCUACUAACUUGUUGAGUAUGAAGUUAUCCGAGUUCGAUGUGAUACUGGGGAUGGAUUGGUUAAUGGCAUAUCAAGCUCAAUUUGAUUGCCGAAAAAGAUCAAUUUCAUUGGUUGGAGCGAUGGGUGAACAAGUGAGCUAUGCAGGAUCUGCAAGACAACCUUCUAUGAAGGUAAUUUCGUCCCUAUCAUUUCAAGCACUUAUUCGUAAGGGGUAUCCGGUGUAUCUGUGUGAGGUAAGAGAUUUGAAGCAAGGGGAGCAACAAUUGCAAAAUAUUCCUGUGGUUCGAGAUUUUCCUGAUGUAUUUCCUGAUGAUAUUCCUGGUAUGCCACCAGCUCGUGAGGUGGAUUUUACUAUUGAUAUUGUGUCAAACGUCGAGCCAGUAUCAAGAGCCCCAUAUCGCAUGGCACCGUUAGAACUCGCUGAACUUAAAUUGCAACUACAGGAAUUAUUGGAUAAAGGUUACAUUCGUCCUAGUACGUCGCCUUGGGGUGCUCUAGUUUCAUUUGUGAAAAAGAAAGAUGGAAGCUUAAGGUUGUGUAUUGACUACCGUGGGCUGAAUAAAAUUGACUUGAGGUCUGGAUAUUAUCAACUAAGGGUUGCAGAGCAUGAUAUUCCUAAGACAGCAUUUCGCGCUAGAUACGGUCAUUAUGAAUUUACGGUUAUGUCUUUUGGGUUGACCAACGCCCCGGCUGCGUUUAUGGAAUUAAUUAAUCGAAUUUUUCAACCAUACCUCGAUCAGUCUGUGGUGAUAUUUAUCGAUGAUAUCUUGGUAUAUUCUCCAGAUAAAAAGACACAUGCAAAACAUUUGCGUGUGACACUAAAUACACUGCGUGCGAGGAAGUUAUAUGCCAAGUUAUCCAAAUGUGAGUUUUGGUUGAAAAAGGUUGCUUUCUUGAGGCAUGUAGUGUCUGGUAAGGGUAUCUCAGUAGAUCCUUCUAAAGUUGCGGCAAUCUCGGAUUCGCCAAGACCUACCAAUCAAUCAGAAGUAAGAAGCUUUUUGGGUUUGGCAGGGUAUUACCGAAGAUUCGUUCUUGAUUUUUUGAGGGUUGCGAAGCCAUUAACUAAUUUGCUGAAGAAGGACACAAUGAUUAAUUAG